ACAUGUAACGCGUAAAUAUCAUCAAUCAAUUCUAUAUAUUUAAGUAUCAACGUACUUUGAAUUAAAACCUAAUAAACAUGAAGUUCUUUAAUCUCGUAUUGAUGGUAUUCGCCGUUCUGGCUUUAAUGUUAAACGGUACUAAUGCUGAGCCCAAAGGCAUCGGCAGCGCUCUCAAGAAAGGCGGAAAAAUUAUUAAAGGCGGCCUCGGAGCAUUAGGAGCCAUCGGUACCGGCCAACAAGUGUACGAGCAUGUUCAGAACAGACAAUGAUGAAUUUUAUUCAUUAUGUUAUUAGUAUUUAUCAUAUGACAUAAUGGAACCAAUCUUCAAGUCUACACCUAUUUGAAAUAUAUUUCGAUUAAUUGUAAAACCUAGAUAAAAAAGGAAUUUAAUUAUCAGUUUCCAGCCAGUUGUCUCAAAUAUUCAAUACAUUUAAUUAAUUAAAUAUCUAUACAUAGUUAA